UUAGUACACCCAAGUAAGAGCUAAUACAAAGAUUAAUAUCUGCAUUAUCAAAUCAAUUAGCUCCAAUGGCUUCCAACAAAUUUGUCACCCUAGUUACCCUUGUUGUAGUCCUUCUUCCUACAAUCGCCAUGGCAACGGACUAUGUCGUCGGAGGUGAUAGCGGCUGGAACACUGGUGUUGAUUAUUCAGCGUGGGCCAAGGACAAAAUGUUUCAUGUUGGUGAUGCACUAGUGUUCAAGUACACGAACCCACCCCACAAUGUGUUCAAGGUGAACGGAACUGGGUUCAAUGCAUGUGUUAAACCAACAGAAAAUGAUCAACCACCACUUACAUCUGGAAACGACAGAAUAGAGCUAAAGACUCCCGGAAACAAAUGGUACAUUUGUGCAGCUGCCGAUCACUGUAAAUCGGGACAGAGGCUUGUUAUUACUGUUAUGGACACCGCACCUGCAUCUCCUCCAUCCUCCGCCGUUCGCGGGAUCAUCAUUUCUGGAUACCAAGUCUUCGCCGCCGCCGUCGUCGGACUCUUCCUUGCUAUUGCAGCCUGAUGAUAUAUCGAUCGACACAUACAAUAUGCAUAAAUACACCAAAAGACAUGAAUAAGUAUAACACAUGUGUUGUUCUUAUAAUUUUAAUUUUGUGCGACGUACAAUAAGAGAAUUUAAUUCUGUAUUAGAAGCUAGCAUGUUAUGCAAUUGCUCAAUCACAGAGAGUCUGCUCUUCUGUCAUCAAUCCAAAUUUAUUAUUGAUUAAAAUUUAAUAACA